AUGGAACUCGAAAUCCCCUUUUUUCUCCUUUUCUUUGUUGCUGCCAUAUUCUUCUUAUUCUUCAAAUCGCAUAGAAGCUCCAACUCCCUUGAUACAACGACAAAGCUUCCACCACAGCCAUGGAAGCUCCCUCUAAUCGGACACAUGCAUCAUCUCAUUGGCGCACUCCCACACCGAGCUGUAGCAAACUUAGCCGAAAAACUAGGACCAGUCUUUCGUCUUCAACUCGGUGAAGUCUCCGCUGUUGUAAUCUCAUCACCCCAUUUGGCCAAAGUAGUCAUGAAAACUCAUGAUCUCUCUUUCGCAGACAGACCCAAACUUCUAACUGCUGAAAUCAUUGCAUACAACUACACAGAUAUUGCAUUCGCUCCCUAUGGAGAAUACUGGAGACAGAUUCGCAAGAUAUGCACCUUGGAGCUUUUGAGUGUAAAAAAGGUCCAGUCGUUUCGAUCUAUUCGUGAAGAAGAGUCGGUUGCGGUUGGGAGCAGAUGUAAGGAUCAGGCAACCCUUACAGCGUUGCUUGAAGAGAUUAUAGCUUUAUCCGGUGGUUUUGAUGUGGCUGAUAUAUUUCCUUCUGUGAAAGUAUUGCAUGUAGUUUCCGGGGUGAGGAAAAAGUUAGUGAAGUUACACAAGAAGAUGGAUCAGAUUCUUGACAGCAUCGUAGCCGAGCACCAAGAACGUCGAGCAGGUGGACACAUCAUUGACAAUGAAGACCUGGUUGAUGUUCUAUUGAGGCUUAAAGAUGACGGGGGUCUUCAGUUUCCGUUAACUUCUGCCAACGUCAAAGCAGUAAUCUUGGACAUGUUUGCCGGAGGCACACAUACUUCUGCAGUAACGAUUCAAUGGGCAAUGUCAGAACUAAUGAAAAAUCCAAAGGUGAUGAAAAAAGUGCAAGCAGAACUGAGACAUGUACUCAAGGGAAAGAACAAGAUUUGUGAGUCUGAUAUUCAAGAACUUGACUACUUAAAGCUAGUGAUUAAGGAGACAUUAAGGUUGCACCCACCUCUUCCAUUGUUACUCCCUAGAGAGUCCCGAGUAGAGUGUGAGAUUGGUGGAUACCACAUUCCUGCCAAUACAAAAGUUAUGAUCAAUGUGUGGAAAAUAGGAUGUGAUCCAGACUACUGGAUUGAUCCAAAAAGUUUCGUACCUGAAAGAUUUAGUGAUAAUCCAAUUAACAUGUCAGGAACAGAUUUCGAGUUUCUCCCAUUUGGGGCUGGAAGAAGAAUGUGUCCUGGCAUGAAUUUGGGAUUGAUCAACGUGGAGCUACCUCUUGCGAUGCUACUCCACCACUUCAAUUGGGAACUCCCGGAUGGAACAACAUCUGAAGACCUUGAUAUGAGUGAGACUUUUGGAGCAGCUCUAAAGCGAAAGCAUGAGUUGCUUUUAGUUCCAAGUGCUUGUAAUACAAACUAA